UAUGGUGGCGGAACCUGACACAGUUAGCUCGCAGCCAACCUCUAGAUAUCGAGCAACGACUGUAUUUGCGUGUUAAUUCUUGAAUUAUAAUAAUACUUUUUCUCGGUAUUUUAAUGUGUCGAUGUAGAAUUUGCUGUUAUGAGUAAGGUUGCUAGUACGUAAUGUCUUGUUAGCCUAGCUUAGAUUAACCUUCUAGCUAAGCAGCAUUGCUCAACACAGUUUUGGAAGUUAUGUGUUGCAACCAACGACUGCAUAUAAACACCCACAUAUAUACAUAUAUUCAAAUUUAUAUACAGUCAUUGGUUACAGCACGGUGAGGACUUGUGCCAGUAUCACCUAGCAGUCAGCGUCCAUGUGUUAUUGUGGUUAUUUAACCGUUGGUUAAAUAGGUUUUCUUCGAAACUGGGGCUGUUUCCGAAGCGUUCAGAACAUGUUGAACAUUCCGACCCAGUCCUUCCCUGCGCCGAGCUCCCAGCAGCGGGUCGCACCGUCCGGCCAGUCCGGGAGGAACAAGGUGGCCUUAAAGCCUGGCCACAGUCUGAUGGACUGGAUUCGAUUCUCUAAGAGUGGCAAAGAUCUGACUGGGCUCAGAGGGCGUCUGAUUGAGGUUACCCAGGAGGAACUUCAGAAACACAACACAAGAGAUGACUGCUGGACUUGCAUACGAGGUAUGGUGUACAAUGUGACCCCCUACAUGGACUAUCACCCUGGUGGAGAAGAGGAGCUGAUGAAGGCAGCUGGGAUAGAUGGCACUGACCUGUUUGAUCAGGUCCAUCGGUGGGUGAACUAUGAGUCCAUGUUGAAAGAGUGCCUGGUGGGCAGGAUGGCCACUAAGGCCACAACAGCUAUCAAAGCUAUCAUCCCUCCUCCACCACUGACUGGCCUCACUCCACCUAUCCCAGCUGCUCCUCCGCCAGAUAAAGAUUUGCGGCCUCGGUACGACUGGUUCCAAACAGAUGUGACUGUUCAUCUAGUUGUUUAUGCCAAAAGAAAGAUUCCCAGCUCAGGCUGUACAGUUGUUGACCUGGAGGCGGGAGUUCUACGACUGGAAGUACUGCUGGGGAAAAUGUCCUACAUGAUACAUUUAUGCCUAGCUGAUGAAGUUGAGGGAAAUGUUUCAGUCCACACUGCUUUCUCAGUGGGAAAGAUCCAGGUCAGCAUACGCAAGCAGGCUAAAGGAAAAUGGACGAGUCUUGGUCAACCACAGGAAUUCCACAACACAUUUCUACGCAAAAAAGACAGAGCUCCCUACUAUCGGGACUGUGUGUUGCUGUCUAAGACUGAGGUGAACCACAACACCUAUGUGUUCAGACUGCAACUCCCACGUGGGACUGUCAUGCAUGUGCCUGUUGGACAACAUGUCUACCUCAAAGCCCUCAUUCAAGACACUGAGGUAGUGAGGCCAUACACUCCAGUUGAUCAGAACCUGGCAGCAGCCUCCCACCUCUCCUCACAGGAAUCACACCUCUACCUCAUGAUCAAAGUCUACCCUGAUGGAGUGUUCACCCAACAUCUCAACAGCCUGCACACUGGAGACCAUAUAUCUGUUAGUGGUCCAGAGGGUACGUUUGCUGUCCGCCCCCUUCGUGAUGUCACAUACCUCUACCUAUUAGCAGCAGGCACAGGAUUCACGCCCAUGGCUCGUCUCAUCCAACUGGCCCUUCAGGACCCUGACACCAUCAGAAAAACCAGGCUGCUGUUUUUUAACCGGCGAGAGGAGGACAUUCUGUGGCGCUGCGAACUGGAUGAACUGGCUGCUAAAAAUGAGAGGUUUCAGGUGGAGUACGUCCUCUCUGAGCCCUCUGAGGGUUGGACCGGCAGGAAGGGGCGAGUGGAUGAGGCCAUGCUCCAGGACUUCCUCAACAGGCCAGAAGGAUCCAAAUGCUAUGCGUGUGUGUGUGGGCCCACUGCCUUCACAGAACUAACAAUCAGGUUGCUGAAGCUGCAGGGUUUCGGUGAAGGAGAGCUCCACGCCUUCCAGGGCUGAUGAGCUCUGCCUUGACCCAACUCCACUCUGCAAAGACUGUGUGUGUUUGUGAGUGAGAAGAGAGAGUGUGAGUUGAUUUUAAUUUAUAAAGUUGUGUUUGUGAGAAAUGAAAGGAAAAUUGUAUUUCUAUGCACCAAGGACCUGAUGAUGCCGACAGCAGACCAACACCACGCUCCAGGCUUUGACGGGCUGUAAAGAAAAUCACAGUGCAGUAAGAUUAGUCUAAUUCUGGACGCUUUGGCCAGUGUGUUGAAACAUUGUAAAAUAAAAAGAAAAAUGCAACAUAGAGAGUGAACAUGAGCCUGUGUGUGUAGCAGAAGGUGCUCUGCAGACACUUCUGGCUCCUGCUCCUGUUACAUGGAUGCAGUUUGACCACUGCAGUCAAAUAAAAUAUAUCAUGGUUUUUAACCAAUCCCAAA